AUGCGUUUGUGGUUACAACUCUCGCUGGUCGCCGCAGCUGCAGGCUGGGUGGUCGAGCAAGACAAGACGUGCACCUUGUACCCAGAGUCACUGAAACAUGAUGGCCAGCCUGUGGACGAUGCGCCUUCGAUCGAAGAGGCCUUUGAGCGUUGUGGACACGAUGGAAAGGUGAUUUUCGCGGCGAACCAGGUCUUUCACGUGAACUCGGUCAUGAACACGACGAAUCUGGUGAACUGUGAGGUUUCGCUGCGCGGAGAGCUUCGAUAUUCCACGGACAUUCCGUAUUGGCUGUCACAUUCCUACUCGGUCGUUUUCCAGGACCAGUCCACGGCGUGGCUGUUUGGCGGCACGAAUGUGACUCUCAAAGGCGAGGAGGGAGGCUGGUACAAUGGGCAAGGCCAGGCCUGGUAUACUCAGAAUCGGAACCAGAGCAAUCAGCCCGGCCGGCCGAUUAGCAUCACCUUCUACAAUUCGACCAAUCUGUGGGUGGACGGACUGAGGAUCAUUCAACCGCAGUUCUGGGCCACGUUUGUCUGGCAAAGCAAGAACGUGUCGAUUACGAAUUUCUACGUUAACGCGACCAGCAAUGAUGAAUGGGGUACCGUCAAUACCGAUGGGUUUGACUCGUGGAACAGCGAUAACCUGCUGGUGGAAAACACCGUGGUCACCAAUAUGGAUGACUGCAUCGCCGUCAAGGGAAACACCACCAAUCUCCUUGUUCGCAAUGUGACCUGCCACUGGGGCUUUGGAAUGGCCAUCGGAUCCGUGGGUCAGUAUCCCAAGAAUCCAGACUACGUGGAGAACAUCACCUUUGAAGAUGUCAAGUGCAUCAACUGCAUGGAAGCCGCCUUUAUCAAAACGUGGCAGGGUGUUCCCGAGGACGACAGUUCCAACGGAGAUGCCGGCGGAGGUGGGAGCGGCCUCAUCAAGAACGUGGUUUUCCGCAACUUCGAAUUGACCAACGUCGCCAUGCCCAUCCAAAUCUCCCAAUGCAUCUACAAUGAAAAUGCAGGAAACUGCAACACCUCGAAGAUGGCCAUUGAAGACGUGACCUGGUCGAAUAUCAGGGGAACGUCACGCUACAACAUUGCCGCCUCGCUCUACUGCUCGGACGUGCACCCUUGUCCCGGGAUCAAGUUUGAGAACGUCGACAUACAAUCGGUCAAUCAUACCUUGGGACUGCCCAUGUCUAAUACCAAUCUACAGGACGAGGUGUUCCAGUGUCAGAAUCUGGUUAAUCCCGUGGGCGUGCCUUGCAAUCGGGUCGCACCGAGCAAUUACGGGCAGGUGGUGACGUCGAACGUGAGAGAUGAUCCGAGUAGCCAGGGCACGCUGCGAGAGUCGAUUGUGGUCCCGGUGAAGAGUGGCCAGGAGCCGCUGCUGGAUGAAUGA